AUGGCUCUCACGUUACCGAACGAUGUGCUCCUCAUGGUAGGUGAGCAGCUGGACGACCAUGCAGAUCGCCGGCAACUAAUCUUUGUCUCCCGUCAUUUCCAUGACCUCUUUCUUUCCCUUGUUUAUCGGACAGCGCGGCUAAAUCACUGGCGCGACAUCUACUCCUUCCUGCAUGCUACCACGAAACGACUGCCUCUCGCAAGAGCAGUUCGCGAGCUCGACCUCAGCGGCUGGCGGGCAGAACACAUCUCCGACGAGGAACGAGCAGCGCUAAAGUGCUCUGACGCUUUGAGGGAUCGUGUGGAGGUCUCAUCACAUUCACAUGACGAGACGUCGCAGUGGGAGGAGGAUCUUGGAAGAGGUCGCGGCGAUGCAUGGAUUGCACUGAUGCUGCCCCUGUUGACCCAGCUCCGACAGCUUCACCUUGCAUACUCCGCGCAUACUCCCUGCCUGCACCGCACCCUGCAACGGGCCAUCAAUGGCGAGAGACCGUUUCAAACUCAGCCCGCUUUCCAACAUCUAUGCAAAGUCUCGCUACACCGCCGAGAGGAGCUCAACCAUCCUGCACCCCCGGAGAACGCCGGUUUCGGCUCUCAUCAGCCCCCGUCAGCUCUCCUACUACCGUUCUUCCGAUUACCCUCCAUGCGUACAAUUGUUGCCAACUCGGUGGUGGACCCGACCUCGGACCCGGUAGAAUCAAAUCCCCACACCGACGAAGUGGAACAAUCAGCGUUCGGCGUUUCUUCCAUUACUGAAAUCGACCUGCGUGCCAGCAAUGGAAACCAGGGCAUGGAAGCCUUGACUGCGUCGUGUGCUGAUCUGAAAUCGUUCAAGUAUCAGCAUUCGGAUUCGCACGUCGCUUCCCACGGCUAUCAGCCCGCUGCGUUCUAUCGCUCAUUGACUCGGAGCAAAGAGACACUCCACACAUUAUGGCUCGAUCACUACGGCGAUCACUAUCCUUUCACCGCUGCCGGACUAAAUCAAACUCACGAUGAAUGGUUUGGAUCCCUGGCCGAUUUCAUUGCUCUUCGAGAAGUCCGCAUUCGACUGCCUAACCUCCUUGAUAUUCGAUAUCAAACUGAGCCGACUGUCCCGCUGCUGAAUUGCCUUCCUCAGUCUCUGGAGACACUUUACAUCGAAGGAUGCGAGGAGCGGUAUCUUGGCAUGCUCGUCUCACAACUCCAGACCGUGGUCAAGAACCACCGUACUCGGUUCCCUCACCUCCAACGGUUAGAUAUUGAGGGGUCCUUCCAGAAUGCCACGUCCGAUGAGUCCGGUGACACCAGCGCUCCGGCCUCCGAACCCUCCCAUAACACCAUCAAGCCCAAAAUCAUGCAAGCUGCCGAGACUUUACACGUGGACUGCGUCUCUUCUGGGCUUGAGUUGCAUGUCCACGACCGCGUCUUCUCCCAACAUAUGCAUAGCUAA